GCCUACCCAACCUCCUCCUGACACACCUUGGGUAGCACCAGGGACAGGGUACACGUUUCAGCAACCGCUACCGCCAGGUCCUCCUGGCUGGGGUCCCCAGCUGGGGGCGUUCACACCCGUGGAACCUCCUCCAUCAGGGGCAUUUCCCACUCCUGCAGGAGCGUGGGGGACGCCCCCACCUGGUAGGCCACCCGGUAUGCCCGCACCGAACAUGGGUGCCGGUCACAUACCAUCGGUGCACCCAACUGCACCGCCCCCUGCGCCACCACAACCGCCUGACACUGCUCGCGCGAACUUCCGGUGGACGAAUAGUACGGACCGUAUCGACCCUUUUGCCGAAGGGCCACAUUAUGGGCCCGUUCUCGAUCCUUUUCUCGUAAGGGCAGUAUCUGCGACGGUUCGCAUCAAUCCCCUCCUAUCUCCACCCACAGACUCGCAUGAAGACUACCUCCGCUGGAACAUGAUUUUUCCAACGAGUACUUGUUAUCGCACAACUGGGCCAAAGCGUUCAUGGAUCAAAGGGCGCGAGGCACCCGCUACGUUCCCGCGCCUGUCAUACAUCCGCAUCAUCUCACGGUCGUUCCCAUGGAUGAUUUCUGUCAAAGCCAGACACCAAAACAUUGGCGUGACUUGUGGUGAAGUGAUCGAAGCUCUUUCUGCUUAUUUUCACGAGAACGCCGCGAAAAAGGAGUACGAUGAUGUUUCAGACCAUCGCCGACAAGAGAUUUGGCAAGCAUAUCAGCACAACCGCUCAACGGAUAGCGACGUCCCUGGUGGCCUCCUGGGUGAGCAGUUGAGACGUCUUGAUUGGCUCUGCAGUGAUUCGAAGUGGGGCGGUCUUGUCCGUAAUGAUGAAUUCAUCGAGGAGGCUUGUGGAGAGGUCUUACCUUGCACUUUUGAGCUAAAGUGCAUCCCGAGCUACCCGCUUACUUCAGAGGAAGCUAGCGAGCAGCAGCGGAUCGCGCGGAAUGCUGAAAACCGUUCUUGUUAUCAUCUAAAGUGUUGGAAAUCUAGCCCGUCAAUACAAUACAUGGUAUUUUUUUCAUUUGGUUUAACUUUCGCUUGCUUCCUCGAACAUAGGUACCAUAUUAGGAAACUCUGUAUACCAUACAUUCGCUACACUUUCUCCUCUGUUUUCCCGAGUCUCUUUACGCUUGACUGGGUUAAGUUAUAACCUACAGCUGUGGACAGACAACUCGACAAUUUUGUUUCUGACCCCAGAACAUGUUUUGGUACAAAUCUGACUGCAGGAGGUCUCAAAAUAUUUUCCCGCAUAUUUUCGGGUUGACCAAAUUUU